GCUGCACUAUCGCGAGUUUAUUCCGCAGGUCUCGCGGUACAGCAGGCGGCAUCUGGCGGUUCCAAGCGCUACUAGCUCGCGCGGCGUCUCUCGGGGAGUGGCGCUGGCUGUCUGUAGUCCAUCAUCAGCAGGCGAAGCAGCAGCGACUAGUGGGGGAGUAGCGAGCGAGCAGUAGUAGCCUGCGCCGUCGCGAAUCUUGCGUGACUCUCCGCAUCAUUCACCUAUAACCUCCAAGCAGCGAGAUCAUCGUCAUUGGUAUAUCGAAAAUCGAACGUCUUAAAUUAAGGUAGCGAGAUGACGCUGGCAUUCGUUGACGCCGCCCCCGCAGAGUUGUGCAACGAAGACAAUAGGCGUUAGCUUCUGCUACGAGAAGUAGAAAGAGAGACGAUUUCGGACCUCUAACAUAGCAGCAGCAGCGUCACGGCCAUAGAUUAGCGAGUCGCGAGAGAGUCUCGCGGUAGUGGCGCUAAUAACCUCCGAGAGCAGUAGUUGACAGUGUACGCCGAACGGACGGGACGAGAAGAGCCGCCGCCGCCGCCGCCGCCGCGCAUGCAGUGUUUGUUUGCGCGCGGGCACAACAACGCUCUAUUGAAGGUUAGGUCGACGCCGCGGAGGAAUAAGUGCACGAUAUCCUGGCGGAGAGAAUCGCGCGUUAUCACGCGCGAAAAGGAUAGUCUCCUAACAGCUACCGCAUUCGGCGUAGUCUCUUUCUCUCUCUCUCUCUCUCUCUCUUGCUUCGUGUAGUCGGGCGGCCCGUGUGUGUCGCUGCUGGUCCCCCCCCCCCUCCGCGCAGUCGGCCAUUGGGGAUAGUGUCUUUGUGUGUGUGUCGCGACUUUUUUUUCCGAAUCUCGGAGACUGGCGCGGCAUCGGGCAAAGAGAGGCUAGAAUCUUCCCUCCUCUCUCGGCGCGUUUUGCGGGCUAUUUGAAAAAACUUCCCAAUCGUGCGCAGCCUCUCUCUCUCUCUCACUCUCACACACGCUCUUUCUCUGUCCCAGAGUUUACACACGCACACGUCGGCUAUAGCUGUACACAAAGAGAGACACACGGCAUAAACGAGAGCUCGAGCCGCUGGGCAUGGGACUGACGGCGGAGUCUGCUGUAGCUCCGCGGUGUUAGUGUGUUGCCCCCAGUGCGUUGGGUAAAAUGAUGUGAUCGACAAUCAUCAUGGCGGCACCCAUGCUCAAGUGGAAGCGCAUCAACAACCCGACGGGGCCUCAGCCCAGGCCCCGGCACGGGCACCGAGCCGUUGCCAUCAAGGACCUCAUGGUCGUCUUCGGUGGCGGCAACGAGGGCAUCGUCGACGAACUCCACGUCUACAACACGGCAACGAACCAGUGGUUUGUCCCGUCAACCAAAGGAGAUAUUCCCCCAGGAUGCGCCGCCUACGGAUUCGUCGUGGACGGAACGAGGAUUCUGGUCUUUGGUGGAAUGGUAGAGUACGGAAAGUACUCCAAUGAACUCUAUGAACUGCAAGCCAGCAGGUGGGAGUGGAAGAGACUCAAGCCCAGGCCUCCCAAGCACGAACCACCACCUUGCCCCAGACUGGGACACAGCUUUACCCUCAUAGGAAACAAGGUGUUCCUCUUUGGAGGACUGGCCAAUGAUAGCGAUGACCCUAAGAAUAACAUACCCCGAUAUCUCAAUGACCUCUACACUCUUGAGCUGUUACCCAAUGGAGCAACUGCUUGGGAGGUUCCACAAACUCAUGGACAUGCUCCUCCCCCAAGGGAAUCACACACAGGUGUGGCAUACACGGAUAGAACAACAGGGAAGUCAUGCCUGGUCAUUUAUGGUGGCAUGAGUGGCUGCCGUUUGGGAGAUUUGUGGUUCCUGGAUGUGGACACCAUGACUUGGAACAAGCCUGUGGUGCAUGGACCCACUCCCCUGCCACGUUCCCUGCAUACUGCUACUCUAAUUGGACACAGGAUGUACGUUUUUGGAGGCUGGGUACCUCUGGUUGUGGAUGAUGUCAAAGUAGCUACCCAUGAGAAGGAAUGGAAGUGCACCAGCACUCUAGCUUGUUUAAAUUUAGAAACGCUGACUUGGGAGCAGCUGACAGUCGAUUCUCUCGAAGAGAACGUACCACGAGCUCGCGCCGGCCACUGUGCGGUCGGCGUCCACAGUCGGCUGUACGUGUGGUCCGGUCGCGAUGGAUAUCGUAAAGCAUGGAACAACCAGGUUUGCUGUAAGGAUCUCUGGUACUUGGAGGUCAGCAAACCACCAGCACCGUCUCGCGUUCAGCUAACAAAGGCCUCGACACAAUCGCUCGAAGUUAGCUGGACUCCCACGCCCUCUGCUCAGUACUACAUACUACAGAUCCAGAAAUUCGACAUGCCGCCUGCCAGCACUAGUAGCUUCCCCGCGUCGACAGCUUCGUCCGCGCCCGCGAAUACCACCGCGGCAAGCACGCCGGCUCUGCCAAGCAUCACCUCUAGCGCGAUGCAACCCACCCCAAGCAGCAACGCUUCUGCUGCUGCUGCUCCUGUAUCCACCCCCGCUAGACCAGCUGCUGCCGCUACUCCGGCACCAAUUCGUGUACAAAGCUCCAAUCAGAAGAUCCUAACUUUGCAACCUUCCGCCACUACGGCUGCUACUGCGGCUGCUGCUGCUUCCACCGCCGCGAUUACCGCUAGCAGCGCUAAUAAACAGAUCGUGACUAGCGCAUCGGCAGCCAUGAUUCAACGUACUGGCAACGUUAUUAGAAUCCAGCAGCCUACUGUGGUCACCAGCGUUGCAGCAGGUACACUGGUAGCCGCGGCUGCGACGACGAGCAGCACGCCUACGACAACGAUCGCCUCAUCUGCGGUCACGACGACCACUACCUCGACCCAGCAGCCCGCUGCCAUGUCCGCCAUGAAUGUCCUUGCAUCUGCUGCGAUGACCCACAAGAUUAGCAUGAACAACGUGCCUGUUAUCCCGGUGCAAGGUACUACCACGACCGCUCCUAUUAGAAUGAAGAGUGUCCAAACAGGCCAGCAGAUUCGCUUCGCGGCUCCUGGUGCAACGGUGCUGAGAGCUGCCUCACCCCAACAGGGUAAGCAAAUCAUUUUGCAAAAACCAGGUCAGAACAUUUCCGGCCAGCCGCAGAUCGUGCAUCUCGUUAAGACGCAGCAUGGUGGCAUGGUGGCUAUGCCUAAAGUCAGCCUUGUACCCGGUCAGAAGAUCCCAACCACUGGCGCGAAACCAUUAAACCAGGGCACUUUUCUGCGCUUGGUCAACCCAAAUGCAGUUGGAGGUUCCAAGAUCCUUACGACGAUGAAAGCAUCGAAUCUUGUCACCAUGAGUAAGGGUCAGAGUAUCGCGGGCAAGCAGACCAUCAUGAUAACGAAACCAGGUGGUAAUGGCGGACUCGUCGGUCGAUCCAAUCAGAUCAUUGUUGUCACCACCGGUUCUGGCUUGAGAACCGUCCAGGCUGUAACGACGUCGCAAGCCGGUUCCGGUCAAAGCAAUACCUUGGCAACGAAUCCCGUCAAUGUUCUGCCGCUUUCUGCAACGAAUCAUGUGACCAAUCAGCAGGGUGUGAAGAUGAUCAUGGUAUCGUCGAGCGCUAUGGCUGGUGGUACCGCUGGUAAACCUCUGACAAUAACGAUGCCUGGUCAGGGCGGCAAAACCGUAACGAUCGCGACCAAGACUGGAGCGCCCGGAGCUAUACUGCACAAAAACCAACUGGUAGCCAUGCCACAGAUGCAGAAGGUCGGCGCUGAGGGGGUCGGCAAGCCCGUUACACUGCAAAUGCAGGGCGGUGGCACCAAGACCGUAACUCUCGUGCCCACUAGCAGCUCCAUCGUAAGCAGCUCGGGAAAUGUCGCGGAGGCGAUUGACACCAGCAAGAUGCUGAUCGUCUCACCGCAGAAGCAGCCAUCGGCAACUUUGGCCACCACUUCUGACGGUCCUGCUACAACCGAUGCUGCUUUGGCGGCCUUAGCAGCGGAAGCUGGGCUGAUUGACCCCGUUCAGGAAUCUUCUGGAGGUUUGUUCAUGAUGGCCUGUGACGAUUCGAAAUCUCAAGAGAGUUGCAACGGCAAUCAAGACGCAGCCGCUGCAGCCACGGCGAGUCUCGUUGAACCAAUGCAAGUCGACGGAGAAGGCAAUCUCGUGAUUCCUCAGGUUGAUGGUCCGGGCGAUCUGAUCUUUUCGGAGGAUGAGAGCGAAACAACGACGCAGGAGGAGGAAGAGCCAGCAAACGCUGAUGUUGAGCAGUCGUCGGAGUCUGCUGCUCAGGAAAUGGAGCAAGACGUUGAUCAGGGUAUGGCUGCUAUCACCGGUGACACCGACGAGCCUGCAGAAGAGCCAGCGACCAUAGAACGAAGCCAGUCUUCAGAAUCUAUGAACGUUGAAGCUAUCCUGUCGGGCAACGAUGGAACCGAGCAGCAGCAAGAAAGUUUGCAAGAACCCGAAAAAGAUGCAGAAUCUACGAGUCAAGAGGAGGCGGUGACGGCGGCGGAACCCACCGAAGCAACACCAGCUGAAGCUGCUGAAGCUGAAGCGAGCGAAGCGACUGCUGAAGCCGAGGAUGAAUCGAUGCCAAGUAAAGCCGAAGAUGAUGCUACUGUCGAACAGCAGAAAGAUGAGGAUAAUCAAAAAGAGGAAAAGGUUGUAGAUACCGAGGCGGAUCAAGCUGAAAGCGAACUGAUGGCCGUUGACCCCAGUCCUGCAGAGGAAGAAGAAAAAGAGUCUGCUGAACCAGCAACUGAAGCUUCGUCUGAAGCCCCAGUCAGCGAAGAGCCGCCUGAGCAAGCAUCGGAGGAAUCAAAUGCGCCAGAGGGUGAGACCCAGCCAAUUCAAGAUUCUGAUGCAACAGCAGUAAAGGAGGCGGAGAAAGUUUCUGAAACUUCAAACGACAAGGUCGAGGAGAAUAAGGACGAAAGCGAACCUAUGAACGUCGAACCAGAGGUUGAGCAACCCGAUGCAGCAGCCUCGGAACCGGCAGUGGAACCGGCAGCAACGCCAACUCCUGCAGCGGAUGUUGCCCCAGUAGAUACUAAUGUCAAUUCGCAAGAGCCAGAGAGCGAGCCCCCGAUACCACCUAUCAAAGAAGAAGACUUAGGACUUGAUGAACCGAUGGAGGAAAGUAGCGCACCGCUUACAACUGCUCCUGUGACUACUGCAAAUGGCAAUGUAGCGGUAAAGAAACAAUUAAAAAUUGAAAAACCCGUAGCGAAAGCAGAGUUAAAAACUCAAGCACCUGUGGCUCCGACUGAGUCCAAUAAAAUAAAACAAGAGAAGAGCGAAGAUUCGACUGGUGGUGAUUCAAUGGCUCUAGCUACACUAGCGACCGCUGCUUUGGGAUCCACCGAGCCAGCUAUUGAACCAAAAACGGUACCCCCAACGAAUGUUGCACACAUCACAAAAGAACCGCCUAAAGUAAAGGAAAAGAAAGCAGUCGAGUGGUAUGACGUAGGAAUAAUAAAGGGUCACAAUUUUACCGUUCAACACUACUAUCUUCCCGGCGAUGAGCCUCUAGAUAUAACGCAAGCGCUAACUGCUGAUUUAUUCAAGGGUAGAACAAAAAUUUCUUUAGAACCUGGAACUGCUUACAAAUUUCGAGUAGCUGCCGUGAAUAGCUGUGGUCAGAGUCCGUGGAGUGAAGUGUCAGCUUUUAAAACAUGUCUUCCUGGAUUCCCCGGUCCUCCAAGUGCUAUUAAGAUCUUAAAAUCUGCCGAGGGUGCUCAACUUUCUUGGGAACCGCCAUCCAGUAAUUCAGGACCUAUUUUAGAGUAUUCGGUCUACUUGGUUGUGCGAAGUGCUAGUGCCAUGUCAGAGAACACUGGAGAAGUGACAUCAACAACGCCAGCGCAACCGUCGUUUAUUAGAGUUUAUUGUGGUCCUACUAAUGCGUGUUCUGUACCCAACAAAUCGCUGAGUGCAGCGCAUGUAGAUACUACAACCAAGCCUGCUAUUAUCUUUAGAAUAUCUGCACGUAAUGACAAAGGUUAUGGACCUGCUACUCAAGUGAGGUGGCUGCAAGAUCCUACAACCGCGGUUAAAAACAAUAUGCAAGUGAAGAGGCCCGUUGCUGAUGUUAGGUCGCAAGCUAACUCGCCUCAAAAGAAAGUGAAAGCAGAAACGACGAACGAUAACUUUUCGUGAGCUACUUACUUUAUAUGAAUUUAUGAAGCGCGCCAUUUGUAAUUUAAUUUCUGCUGAAUGCGCUGCCGAACAACGACAACGACUGGGUGUUUGCUUGAUCAUGCGAUCAAGUAAGCAAGAGGAUCAAACAGUUUUGUGUAGCGUUCAGUGCAGACUGGAUUAGACGUCUAGAUGCUCAGUACGAGCAAAAUGUAAUGGGGCACACAAGUCACUUUUAAUAUCUUGAAGCUAGACAACUUGAUCAAGAAAAAUAUUAUAUAUAUAUAUAUACAUAUUACAUUUAAAUUUAUGCGCAAGAAAAUCGAGCUUCAAGAGACAUUAAAAAACCCGUACUUCUGGCUUUAAAUUAAUUUUUUUUCUCUUUUUUUUUUUUUUUUAAUAAACGAUCUGUGUCUCCUAAUUAGGUUAUUAUACUUGAGAAUUACAAGAGCACUGAGCAUUUACAUGUAAUAAGAGGCAAGCGUCAAAACAUUAAUAAAUAAAAAGGUAAUUAUUUCGUGUUUAAUAAAUUUACAAAAAUUGUAGCCGUCGAUUUGUGUCUAAAAAAAAUUCUUAUGAAUUCUUAAUUGUCUUGUUACAUGAUAAUUUUGAACAUCACUAGAACAUUACAUUUUUUCUAUAAAUAUUAUUAUCAUUAUGUUACAAAAAUUGAAUUUUUCUUAAUGGUAUUGUUUAGUGAGUACAUAAAUAAAAAUAUAUUAGAAAUUUUUAAAUUAUGCAAUAUCCAUUGUACAUUAAAAAAAUAUUAGUGAAAUCUGACGUUUCGGUACGUUUAAACAAACGGGAUUGAAUAACCAAGAUUUUAAAAUCAUUUGGUAAUUUUUUUUACUGAUUCGUCCAGUCAAAAGCCCACAUACUCGUGAGAAAUGGCGUUAUAUCAAGGAUAGGGAUGGAUAUUUGAUUUCAAAUGACCAAUUUUUAAAUUAAAUCCCAUGCAUAUGUAAAUAAUAAAUAGGGUUAAAUGGUUCAUCAUUAUUUUUUUUUUCUUUCUUUAAGAUUACGAUGAUAAAUGAAAAAGCUUACAUCUCUUGCUAGAAUGCAUUUUGUAUAAAAAAACUUGGGAUUUGAAAUAUUGGUAUAAAAAUUUUAUAUGUAUAUCAAGUAUAUGUUCUAUUUUAAACAAAAUAAGCAUAAUAAAUAUCGUUAAAAUUCAUUGUAAGUUUGACGAGUGCAUAGAUGAAACAGUCAAAAUAAAGUAAAACUUGAAAUAAAACAUUGGCAUCAAUCUAUGGUAAUGAUUGACAGUAGAAUAGUGUCAACAUUAUACCUACUAUAAUAGAAAAUCGUGCACUGAUAAUUGUAAUAUGCUAGCGAUAGCGCAGCAAGGUAAAUAUUAAAUUUAUCAUAUAUUUUAUUUUUGUUUCUGACUAUAGGUUAUUAACAUUUCACAUUAGUAAACUCAAUCGUAAGGCUCGCUAUGGGCGGGGGGAUAGUGUAGGCGACGAAAAUCUCAGUGAACAUAACUUCCCAUCUAGCGAAUUUAUAUUAUGUAGUUAAGUUCAAAAAUAAAUAAUCUAAAAUGGCCA